AUGUCGGCAUAUGCAUCGUCAGGUCAGGAACAAGCAACCAAAUUUCUUGACGCGCCUUCUUCAUGGAAUCAUGCUCGUGGCCAGAUAUUCAUAUGUUGUGCCAAGCCGUCUUCCGGCAAAUUGGUUCCAGCGUCCUACCAUGACCUUGAGAAGGAUACCUAUUUCUCACAACAGGAAUUUACGGGAGGUUUACAAGUUUGUGUCAUUGUGCGCUAUACAGAAAGCCCCAUUGGUGCGUAUGAUGAAGUUUUAUGGAUACCAGGCACAUUCAAGCUUCCGGGACCUGAUCAUGAAACGUACCGAGCAACGAGAGCAUACGUGUCUACAGUAGACUCCGUGUAUAAUGGACGCAAGAACUGGAACGUCCCGAAAAAAUGCGCGAAGUUCGAGUUCACCCCUUCCGAGGAAGGAUCACAUCUUCCAUAUAGUCGCAUCACAAUUUCGCCGUGCGACCAACAGGAACCAUUUAUCCAACUGAACCUGGAGCCGACACUAUCCAAAUUCCUGCCCUUCUUACCUAUCGACACCAAAUUCGUUCCAAUAGGCCUUAAUUUCGACUUCCCUCCUCUUCCAGAAAGUCAAUGUGGUAAAGAUGAUGGGCUAAUUGGGACGAGUAACUGGCAGCGUGUCCAUUUGAGACUCUCCGGGCGGGCCGGAAUCGUGAAGGCAACUGGGUCUGUCGUAGGUGACGGGAACUUUUACCCGGAACUCGGGAACAAAAAGUAUUGGUUGUGGUUGAGAGACGCCACAAUUCAAAUCCAGGGCAAGCCCAUCUAUCUAGGUAAACAAGUAUCCUAG